CUUUUCUAAUUUAGAAAAUUUAAUUAUCUACAAAUUAAAUAGAUAAUGGAAAAUUCGAAUCCCUCUUGUAGGUGUCCACGUGUCAUCUUCGCGCUCACGGCAUCGCUAAAAAGCUUGUUUCCUGUCGCGGUGAGACGCUGGAACCAGCCUAGGCUCAUCCCCUCCGCCUCUCCCUUCUGCUUUCCGCUCCAAAAUUAAACAAAAGCUUCCACCUCGUCUCUCUGCUUCCCUUCCAUCGGCGAAGGAGCGGGCGGCGGGGUACCUCCACAGCGCCACGCGUUCCCGCUGGCCCGUUCUCCUGGUCUCCCGCCUCCGGUGGUGGCCCGGUGCGAUUGUUGUUGACGGCAAUGCGCAUGAAGAAUUAGGUCGCCCGGCCUCUUUCGCUCUUCUUUCGCCGGAUCCGGUUUAAUAUGCCCUCAAUCGUUGCGAAAUCUUCCUGCCCGAAGACGUUAAUCGAUGGGGACGUCAAUGACAAUGGAGGCAGCGGCAAGACGCAUAUCUACUUGAACAUUUACGAUAUCUCGCCGGUGAAUAACUAUCUGUAUUGUUUUGGGCUAGGGAUCUUCCAUUCUGGGAUUGAAGCUCAUGGCACAGAAUAUGGAUUCGGAGCUCAUGAGUUUUCGAUGAGUGGGGUGUUUGAAGUGGAGCCUAAAAGCUGUCCUGGAUUUUCAUUCAGACGAGCUGUGUGGUUGGGCACGACUAAUAUGUCUCGCUCUGAAUUUCGCUUAUUUAUGGAAGAUCUUUCUGAGAAGUACUAUGGUGAUACCUACCAUUUGAUUGCUAAGAACUGCAACCAUUUUACGGACGAAGUAAGCAAGCAGCUAACAGGGAAAUGGAUUCCAGGUUGGGUGAAUCGACUCGCUAAACUAGUUUUAGGAUCAUGUUGCAGCUGCAUUCUCCCACAAACCAUUCGGGCAGGUACACUGGGAGAGUUACCACCUCGACUAUCUUCUUCUGAUGGAUCAGAUAUAUUCGAUUUAUCAUCCUUAGAUGAAUUCGUGGAAGAUGCAUCACCUUUUAAAGAAACAAAGCAAUGAUUUUGUGCAUUCAGAUGACAAGCAAACCAAAAAAGAAUUGAUAGAAGCCAAGUGAUUUGUUUUUAGCUUGUUUCCUUGUCUUCGUAUUAAUUUGCAAAGAAAAAACAAACUGUUUGGUUGCUCUUGUUCAUGGCUGAUGUUUCAGAAUUUAAAGUCUUCAUCAUCUGUGGCGAUUGCAAUAUUUUGUAAAU